AUGGUCUCUUCUCCUUUCCGCAGUGACUCCGUGUCUUCCAGGAUGCGAAAGAGGUUUUCGCUUCCUGCAUAUCCAAAUAAAUCCCUUUAUGCCGAUGAGCAAAAGCAAGAAUUCCAAUACGUCGACCUUGACUCAAGCUCAAGGUCACCACAACCGCCCGUCUCCGUGAGACCACCGCUACGGACCAAUGACGAAGCCCGACUUCGCCAGGCCGUUACAAAUUUAUAUGAACAAGUUGACCGAAACGAAGAGACUGGUGCAGAGCAACAGACUGAAGCCCCAUCAGAACCAACUGCUGCUGCUGCUGCUGCUGCUGCUUCCUCGGAACCAGGAGUGAAAAGGACAAGGCCUCGUAGAGGCAGUGCCCUCGAUACAUUAUCCUCUCUAUCACGCCGAUUAUCCAUUGUAGUCGAGCCAACGGAAAAAACUGAAAAGUCUGGCCCUCACGGUAAUUUCAAUGCAUCACUACAAGAUGAGGACCCUUUCCUACAGUUCAAUGGCCUACUAUACAAUUUUGAAUUUGGUUCGCCACUCAGCCGCAGCUCGCGUGUUUUUGAGGCUGGUACACCACCAGAUGAUGCCGGAAAUUCAUACGGCCGCUAUCGCCCUCGUAAUCCGGCGGAAAGGGCGAAAAGGUCUCGAUACUCGUGGGGUGGAUUUGACCUUGCCCAUCGAAAUGAUGGAGAUGCGGAAGAUCGAGAUGAUGAUCUGAUUUCUAUUUUGGAGCAUGAUGAGUCGAACUUGAAUGAUGCUGCUGCUGUUGUUGUGGCUCCUGCUGUAGUGGUGCCUGCUGCUAGCUCUCCUUCCCAGGUUCGGAGCAAACCACCUUCAAGGAGACCUUAUUAUUAUCAAGAUAACCGCCGAAGCGGCAUUGUGGUGGAUGACGUCCUUGCAGAUACGAUUGCAGCCGGUGCUCUUGUCCACAAGGACUCUACCAACAAUACCACCACCACUACCACCGACACCAAUAACAACAAUACCUCAAGUGCAGAAAACAUUCGAGCAUUUAUUCCUCUCGGUACCAUCGCGGAACAAUCCGAAACGGCGCCACCAGAGAAGAAGCGUGGCAUAAUUCGAAGACUGUCGUUAUCGCUGUUUGGCAGACGGAAAACCGAUCCUCUAGUCAGGAAUUCAAAUAUGCACACCAUCACUAUGCAAACAACACCAUAA